AGUCUGAUAAAUGAUACCAUGUUCUUCCAGGAAUGGGUUUUUGCAAGAUGGGUCCCAGGUUUCCUCUAUGGCUACAAACACAAAGAUCCCUGCAGAUUUUAGAGUUGUACGAGGCAGGAAUUGUGGACACAGCUCCAAAGUGGUUCUGGAAGUGGGCUUCACAUCUUCAAACUAUCAAUCUUGAUCAUAACCAGAUAAGUGGAGAUUUAUCCCAAGUUCUGCUAAAUAGUACUAUCUUCUCUAUAAAUUCUAAUUGCUUCACGGGUCAAUUACCACAUUUGUCACCAAAUGUUGUUGCGUUGCGUAUGUCCAAUAAUUCAUUAUCCGGACAGAUUUCCUCUUUCUUGUGCCAAAAGAUGAAUGGAAGAAGCAAACUGGAGAUACUCUACAUACCAUAUAACGCUUUGUCAGGGGAACUUCCUCAUUGUUUGCUGCACUGGCAAUCUUUGACUCAUUUAAACUUGGGAAGCAACAAUCUAUCAGGUAAAAUUCCUGAAUUGAUUGGCUCUUUAUUUUCUCUCAAGGCAUUGCAUUUGCACAAUAAUAGCUUUUCAGGAGGUAUACCAUUGUCACUCAGAAACUGCACAUUUUUGGGCCUCAUAGAUUUUGCUGGAAAUAAACUUACCGGAAACAUACCUAGCUGGAUAGGAGAAAGAACACAUCUAAUGGUUCUACGGUUAAGAUCCAAUGAAUUCUUUGGGGAUAUUCCUCCACAGAUAUGCCGACUUUCUUCUCUUAUAGUAUUGGAUCUUGCUGAUAACAGGUUAUCUGGAUUCAUACCGAAGUGCUUGAAAAAUAUCAGUGCAAUGGCUACAAGUCCCAGUCCAAUUGAUGAUAAAUUUAAUGCUUUAAAAUAUCAUAUAAUUUACAUUCGAUACACAGAGAAUAUUUUGUUGGUCAUUAAAGGCAGGGAAUCAAGAUACGGUAGUAUCCUUCCAUUAGUGAGGAUAGUCGACCUUUCAAGUAACAAUUUGUCAGGAGGAAUCCCUUCUGAAAUCUAUAGUCUUUUUGGAUUGCAGUCUUUGAACUUGUCUCGAAAUAAUUUAAUGGGAAGGAUGCCAGAGAAAAUCGGGGUUAUUGGAUAUUUAGAGUCUCUAGAUCUCUCGAACAACCAUCUUUCGGGUGAAAUUCCUCAAAGCAUCAUUAAUUUGACAUUUCUUAGUCACUUGGACUUGUCAUACAACAAUUUCUCUGGAAGAAUUCCUUCAAGCACACAGCUUCAGAGCUUUGAUGCUCUUGAUUUCAUUGGCAACCCUGAACUUUGUGGAGCUCCUCUCUUGAAAAACUGCACAGAGAAUGAAAAUCCGAAUCCCAGUGAUGAAAAUGGAGACGGCUUCGAAAGAUCAUGGUUUUAUAUUGGUAUGGGAACUGGAUUCAUAGUGAGCUUUUGGGGAGUCUGUGGUGCUCUUCUAUGCAAGAGAGCUUGGAGGCAUGCUUACUUCAAGUUCCUUGACAACAUCAAAGACCGGGUUUAUUUGGCGACAGUGCUAAAACUGAGCUGGCUCCGCUACCAUUUCAGAAGAUACCGCAUCAGAAUAAAAUGGAAUUCGAUUUUGACAGGUUUGAGAUGUCCAAGGAGCUGCAAACAGGAAAGAAUGGAGGAAAGAGGUAGUGGUGAAUCUUAAGAAAAACAUGUCCAGGGUGCAGUCCAUACUUCAAUGGCGUGGUGGAAAGAUCUGUACUCAAGUGGAAUGUACUUGGAAUUGCAGUAAUUUAUCAACUUUAUUGAUGUUCUUGUUCAUCAUGAUGUAGUUGCUACUCUUUUAUUUCCUGUUGUAUCCUAAUCACUGCUACUUGGUCAUGGGUUGUUAUAUCAUAAUAAAGUCAACAUGUGGUGUGUUUUAACGUAA